AUGGACAUAAACAAAAGGCCCAAUACAAAUCAGGCAGGUCAUAGGCUACUUCAAAGCCCAGGUCAUAGGCUACUUCAAGCCCAACAAACACCAAAAUCGCGCACAUCGACCGGCCCAAGCUGCUUAACCCAACGACGCGCCUGCCCCCAGAAGGCCAGAACCGCUUUGCAGCGCGCCGUGCCGCUGCGCCUGCGCCCAGAGCAGAAGAAGCCGCCGCGGCGCCCGUGUCUGGCGGGCGCCACACCGCCCGCGCUGCGCGAGCUGUGGGCGGAGUCCCGGGACCUGCUGGGCCUCCCUUCCUCUUCUCUGGACACCGCCGCCGCCGCCGUGCCGCGCGUCGACCUGCCCCCGACGCCGCUCGCGUUCCUCCGCGACCACGUCUCCCCGGGCCGCCCGCUCCUCGUCUCCGCCGCGGCCACCCUCCACUGGCCCGCUGCGUCGCUCUGGCCCACCGCCUCCUACCUCACCGACGCGCUCCGCUCCACCGCCGUCUGCCUUCACCUCACCCCCGACGGCCGCGCCGACGCGCUUGCCUCGCACCCGCACCCACGGCACCCCGGAUCGUCGAGGUGCUUUGCGUCCGCGCACGCCCGCCGCGUCGACUUCCCUACCGCGAUGUUUUCUGAGGAAUGGAUGGAUCAAGGCUUCCCUGCCCGGUGCUGGGCAUCUGAAACUGAAAUUCUGAAUGACAACCGUUUCUUGGUUGUGUUCUGGAAUUCUGAAUCACAACCAUUUAUUUUACCUCUUCGCAGCCGGAGGAAGCACGUUACUGACUGA